AUGAAAGAGAUGCUUCUCUAUCCAGUUAGGCGAGAUAUGGGUUUAGGAUACGAUUUCUACUACAAUAAUGACCCCGAAUCAAUGCAUCGCAAUAUUAAGGCAAGGCAAAACUACAAGGCCACCGAAAUGCCAACAGUUGUUGAAAACAUUCGAAAGGAAAAGAACGCCAACCUCUGUUAUGUGGAAGAUGCCAUAAUUGGUAACGGACCCUUUGAAAUAGCUCCAGGGUUCGAACAUUUUAAGGUUGAUGAACACUCUUGGACAUAUGAUUGGUCGGAAGAGAAAAGGCAAAAGCAUUUAAGGGAGUUCCAUGAAGCCCUUCCAGUCGUAACCACGGUGCCAAGAGGAGGCAUUUACAGCCAGCAAAAUGAACGGGGACAUGAAGAAAGUGGGGAAGGACGUCAACAAGACCCUGAAGGUGGGGAAACUCCCCUUCAAGAAACGAGGGAAGUGCGUGAGGAGACUUCAACAGCACAUUCACUCUCCAUUCCUUUUUGUGAAACUGGCUUAUCCUCAGUUUUCUUACCAUCAUACAACAAAGCUGCGUGCUUGCUUCUUAGCAGCACUAACAUCGUGGAAGCUCCGGGAGAUCAUAAAGGUUUUCUUGUUGCAAGUGAUACCGGGGCAACUCCUUAUUUUGUGGCGGUAAAGAAAAACGGAGUCUGCAUUUGUCAGUGUAAAGGUUUUAAAACUGCCUCUCUUUGUUCUCAUUCACUUGCUGUUGCGGAUUACGUUGCCAAACUACACGAGUACCUUUCCUGGUGUCAUUCUCGCGAUGGUCCAAACAUCACUGCAGCAGCGUCUACGUCCGCACCCAAGAAUGCGGGGAAAAAGCCUGGCCAAAAGUCUCGCAUUCGUCGAACCGGGGCCAUCGCAUCAUCAAGAAAUGAUGACAGCUACGCAGAUAGGCGUCCGUACGUGGAGACUGCAAGUGUCGAAAAUGAGCAGCGAUACCACCUUAAAUGGCUAGACAAGACGACGGCUAGAGUAUGCUAUGGUUGCGGAGGAAAACUUCGACCUUCUGAUUCGAGUGUGCCCCCUCCUCCAUUUGACGUGGUAGUGUCAACUAAAGAGUAUCGUUCUUGGUAUGACAAGUCAACAGGAACAACAAAAAUUACGAAGAAACCGGAGGCCACCCACUACCACCUAAAUCCAGUUUGUCUCCGGGCAAAAAAUGUCCAUUUCCAAGCAUCGCUUCAUGUAAGCAUCAAUUCCGAAGAUCGCCAAAGGAUGCUUGAUGUCCACAAGAAUUUUUUAAAGCAGUCUUUGAACAUCACCAUUAUCUAA